ACAUUUUGGUAUUUCGUGACUGUAUUGUGAAGAAAAAAUAUUACAGUUUUGUGUGUGAAAAAAGUGAAAAAACAAAUAUCAAACUAAACAAAUAUUUAAAGUAACAUCUUAUCAAACAAUAAAAUCCACCUAUUUAUUAGUUUUAAAUACAAACAAAUUCUUAUUUACUUUUGAAAAUUUCAAAGACAACAACAUAACAAAUACAUAUUGAAGGUUGUUGGUGCAAUUGAAGUACAAUUCUAGAGAAAAAAAGAAACUCGGAAAAGUAGAAGAAAAAUGGUAUCGAAGAAGAAUUUCCAACAAAAUGGCAGAGUCAAUCAACAGCAGAGACAAAUGCCAUAUAAGAAACCACCCUUAAAACCACCGAUGAUGCAGAAUUUCAAUAAUCCCAUGUUUAAUGUCAGUCAGAUACCUGACAAUCCCGGCUAUUUAGAUUUUAAUUUACCCACACCACCGACUAUGUCAAAUAAUGCGACUGGUAAUGGGCCUGCCAACAAUAAGAAUGUCAAUGGCAACGGCAACGCUGCUGGCACUGGAACAGGCCAAAAUAAAAAGAAAAAUAACAAAAAUAAACAGAGAAAUCAACCACAGACACAACAACAGAUGAUCCCACAUAAUGGUGGCGGCAAUUGGAAGAAUAAAAAUCAACAAGGUGGUGGCCCAAUGAAUCCACGUUUUAAUGGUGGUGGUAACGGUGGUGGACGUAAUUUCCAGCCUAUGGGCAAUCGUAGGAGUAGUCGUUUGAUGGGACCCAUGGGUGGUCCACGUGGAAUGGGUCUUAUGGGCCCACAAAUACCACCACCUAUGGGUUUCCAACCGCCCAUGAUACCACCUAUGCCAAUGGGACGUGGUGGUCCUCCACUACCGCCUCCCAUGGGUGCACCCAUACCACCACCAUUCAUGCGUCGCGGCAAUGGUCCUAUGCCACCACCAAUGCCGCCGAUGCUGCCGCCCCGCAUGGGUCGUGGCAUGCCACCCGUACCCUUUAAUGGCCCCAUAGGCGGUCCUGGUAAAAUCAACAAAAAGGGGGGCAAAGUUAACAAAAAGGUUACGAAAGGCAAAAGUACAAUAAAAACUUUAAAAAACCUAAUCAAUCAGUAUCCAUUAGACAAACCCUGGGUAAAUGAUGAGAUACGUGGGGAACAUGAUAAAAAAGUGGAUAUUGAAAAUCGUCUAAAGGGUAACAAGGAUGAUGAACUUUUUGCUCAAUUUAAGGUUCAACGUGAUAAAUUUGUAGCAAUGUAUGAGGCUGCUCGAGAAGAGCAUUUAAAGAAAGAGGCUGCUGCAGUUAAGGCUAAGGAUGAAAAAGACAAACAAACAAAUAAUACAGCCAAAAAGGACGAUAAAAAAGAAGCAAAAACAAAUGAAACUAAAACUAAAACAGUUUGAAUGAUUUACCAAGAGUAAUAUAAACUUCUUGAAAAAGUAAUUUUUAAAAGUAGUAGAGAGAGCUUCAGUAUCAAAUAAUAAGAAACAAAAAAUAAAAGAAAUUAAACAAUACAUAAUCAACCACCCCACUUACAUCUUUUUUUUUCUUAAAUAGAGUCGAAGCGUCAAAUAAAUUAUAGAAAAACCAAGAUAAAGUAUUUUCUAAUUAUGAACUUUAAAUGCUUAAACUAAAAAAACAACAACAACAACGUUACAAUAUAAUAAUAAUUAAUGUGUCUCUGUCUAUUUAUUAAUAAAACAAAAUUAAUUCAAUAAAUGUAUCAAAAAAUCUUUAAAGAAUCAAACAAUGAUUAAUGGUAAUUUAUUAAAUAAUUUUUUUGCAAAACUAAAAUGGAACUACGAUUGUUUUAAAGACAGCACUUUGCUGGCCGUAAGUUUAAUUGAUAAAAAAAAAUAAUUAUAUACAAAAAUUAAAAUAAAACAAAAUAAUAAAUUUAAGUCCUAAAUUUUUGAAGAUGAUGAUGAUUGUUUACAUACACAUCUCUCUCUAUAUAAUUAUAAUAAUAAUUAAUUUGUAAACUGAACAAGAGUAACUAUUUAUUAAAUUAAAUUCUAAAGUUUGAUGAACAAUUUAAAAAUUGAAUACUAAUAACAUAGUUUUUUGCUAUUUUUUGAAAUAUGUAUUGUAUACUACUCAUUAUUUGUAAAGCAUUGGUAAAAACUAAUUUUCUCUUGAAAACCAACAAAUGUUACAACUAAUUAGUGUGUUAAAAUUGAAAUAAAAUAAAUUUGCUUUUGCUAAUCGAAUGAUUUUUUGCGGUUUUCUAUUUUGUCCUGAACAAACCGUUAUAUGUUCGAUUAUUUUAUUUUUUCAAAAACUGAGUUGCCCUUGUUGUGUAAGCAAUAAAGGAGUGAAUGAAAACUGCAUAAAAAAACUCAUUAAGUUAACUAUUUUUUUGCUUGUAACAAAUUAUGAAAUGUUCAUUUCAAUGGAAUAUACAUUUGAUAUGAAGAUGGUGGAAAUAAAAGAGCUCUUUUUAAAUUUGUAUUGUUUGUCUUAAUUUUCCAACAUAAUGAAGAUGAAAGAAAAACAAGUUAAAAUUAUCCCAAGCUAAUUAGUUUUCUUUGUUAAAAACAACAUUACCUUUUAACAAAACGCUAUGCUAAUUUUGGCUUGUUCUUUUUUUGCAACAAUCUAUCUAACCACCUAUUUAAUAUUUUAUUAAAAUUUAGUAUGUAAUUAAACAAAUAUAAGAUUUAAUUAAAUAAAACAAAAAACAACAUACUGAAUACAA